GCAUGAUUUUGAUUAGAUUAUGGACAGCCCUUUGAGUUUUGGGUGGUAAUUAUAGCUUUUUAAUUCAAAGGAGGGGAACUGUGAUUUCGCCAAACCAUAGCAUGGGUUCCACGGAUCAUGAACUUCUGACGUACCAUUUAUUUUUCAACUUCUGAUAGUAUGACGUAUUUUACGAUCAAUUCAAGGGCGCCUAGAGCCAUGCCAAGUCAUAAAAUCAUUAAAAAGAGCGCGUGUGUGAACAAACGAAGUGCCAUUUCGUGAUUUAAACUUUUUCUUUCAAAAAACCGUCCGCUUCUCUUGCUUUCUUCUCUGUACAGAUACUUAUCAAAAUGACUUACUCAGGGUUAAAGCUCAACUUCUCACGUGUUCUCCGAUGACGACCCUUUUUCGCCUAUCAUUUUUUCAGUUCGCAGAAACAUAAUAAGAGAAGACGAUAAUCUGGUGCAAACCGGCUUGUCAUAUACAAUCAUGUUCGAAGCUCAUGUUCUGCAUUUGCUUCGAAGAUAUUUGAGUGAAUAUGUCCAUGGACUUUCUGUGGAGGCUUUAAGAAUCAGUGUUUGGAAAGGUGAUGUGGUUUUGAAAGAUUUGAAUUUGAAGGUGGAGGCACUAAAUUCUUUAAAGCUCCCUGUGAUUGUCAAAGCUGGUUUUGUUGGUACCGUAACAUUGAAGGUUCCUUGGAAAAGUUUAGGUAAGGAACCAGUUAUUGUUCUCAUUGAUCGUGUCUUCAUUCUUGCCCAUCCUUCUCCUGAUGCCCAGACUCCCAAGGAGGAAAGGGAGAAACUUUUUGAAGCCAAACUUCAGCGCAUUGAGGAAGCAGAAUCAGCAAUUCUAGAAACAAAAUCAAGGUUAAAGCUUGGCAGUCCUCUUCCUGAAAAUUCAUGGUUGGGAUCUUUAAUUUAUACCAUCAUUGGAAAUUUAAAGAUAUCAAUUAGCAAUGUACAUAUCAGAUAUGAAGAUUCUGUUAGUAAUCCAGGACAUCCAUUUGCAUCAGGUGUUACUUUGGCUAGGCUGGCAGCUGUUACAGUGGAUGAGCAUGGAAAUGAAAUUUUUGAUACUAGUGGUGCUCUGGAUAAGUUGCGAAAGUCAUUACAUCUUGAGAUGCUUGCUCUGUAUCAUGAUUCCAAUAGCUUCCCCUGGAAGAUAGAUAAAAGAUGGGAAGAUCUCAGUCCCAAGGAGUGGAUUGAGAUAUUUGAAGACGGUAUUAAUGAACCAGCUGUUGAUUCUGGGAUGGUAUCUUCUUGGGCUUUGAAUCGUAAGUACUUGGUGUCACCUAUCAAUGGAGUGCUUCAAUAUCAUCGCCUUGGAAAUCAAGAAAGAAAUGAUCUAGAGAUUCCUUUUGAGAAGGCUUCUCUUGUAUUGAGAGACGUUUCAUUAACUAUUACGGAGGAGCAAUAUCAUGAUUGUAUAAAACUGUUAGAGGUGUUUUCAAGACACAGGGUAUAUGUUGAAGUUUCCCACUUAAGGCCUCUAUUGCCAGUUUCAAAGGGUCCUCAUUUGUGGUGGCGUUAUGUUGUUCAAGCUUCCCUUCAGCAAAAGAAAAUGAGUUAUCGCUUCUCAUGGGACAGAAUUCAGAAUCUCUGUCAGCUUCGUCGCCAUUAUGUUCAGUUGUAUGCUUUUUCCUUGCAACAAUCAUCAACUGUUGAUAACUCAAAAAUUAGAGAGAUAGAGAAAUAUCUUGAUUCUGAAGUAAUUCUUUUAUGGAGGUUACUCGCACAUGCCAAGCUUGAAUCAGUAAAAUCAAAAGAAGAGGCUGAACAGAGGUGGUUUAAAAAGAAAAGUUGGUUCCCAUUUACAUGGCUUGCAAACUCAGAGGAAGUUUCUGAGAAAUCAAAGCUAGUGGAAGAAAGUCUGACCAAUGAAGAAUGGCAGACAAUCAAUAAGUUGCUAAGUUACCAGUCGGGUGAGGAGUUGAUGCCGCAUUCAGGAAAAGACAUGCAGAAUAUGAUCAAGUAUUUGGUGACUGUAUCUAUAGGUCAGGCUGCAGCAAGGAUUAUGAGUAUCAAUGAGACUGAAAUUCUUUGUGGUCGGUUUGAGCAACUUCAUGUUUCAACCAAGGUCAAACAUCAUAGUACGCACUGUGAUAUAUUAUUAAAAUUCUGUGGCUUAUCUUCACCCGAAGGCUCACUUGCUGAGAGUGUCUCUUGUGAGAAAAAGGUAAAUGCAUUAGUUGCUAGUUUUGUACAUUCACCGGAAGGGGAGAAUGUUGAUUGGAGGUUAUCGGCUACAAUUUCUCCUUGCCAUGUCACGGUUUUGAAGGAGAGUUUUGAUCGCUUUUUUGAGUUUAUAAAGAGGAGUACUGCAGUUAGCCCAACUAUUGCAUUGGAAACGGCGACUGCAUUGCAGAUGAAGAUUGAGAAAGUGACUCACAGAGCACAAAAGCAAUUUCAAACGGUUUUGGAAGAAGAAAGCAGAUUUGCUCUUGAUAUUGAUCUUGAUGCUCCAAAGGUUAGAGUUCCUAUAAGGACCUCCAGCUCUUCCAAAUGUGAUAGCUGUUUUCUCUUGGAUUUUGGUCACUUUACUUUGCACACCAUGGGAGGCCAGUCUGAGGAAUAUAAGCAAAAUAUUUAUUCUCGUUUCUACAUAUCUGGAAGAGAUAUUGCUGCUUUUUUCAUAGAUGGGAAUUCUGACAGUCAGCAGUGCACUUCGAUUAUGGUAGCAGAGAAUAGUCAACCAAUUGUAUCACCUAAGAUAGAAAAAAUUGACAGUUUCUAUUCUCUCAUUGAUAGGUGUGGAAUAGCAGUAAUUGUUGAUCAGAUUAAAGUUCCUCAUCCAAGUUAUCCAUCAACUCGUGUUUCCAUUCAAGUUCCAAAUCUUGGCGUUCACUUUUCACCUGAGCGAUAUCUCCGACUAAUGAAAUUAUUAAACAUACUGCAAGGUACAAUGGAAACCUGUGGUCAGCCUUCUGUUAAUAAUUUCCAAGCUGAACUAGCCCCUUGGAGUACUGCUGAUCUUGCUGUUGAUGCUAGAAUUCUAGUAUGGACGGGGAUUGGCAAUUCUGUUGCUACGUGGCAACCCUGUUUUCUUGUCUUAUCUGGUUUAUAUCUCUAUGUCUUGGAAUCUGAGAAAUCCCAGAGCUACCAGCGAUACUUGAGUAUGGCUGGUAGGCAUGUGUUUGAGGUUCCACCAACAAAUAUUGGUGGUUCACCAUUUUGUAUUGCUGUAAGUUUCAGAGGAAUGGAUAGCCAGAAGCAGGCUCUGGAAUCUUCUAGUACCUUGAUUAUAAAGUUUCGGGAGGAGAGGGAGAAGGCAAUUUGGCUGAAAGAACUUAUGCAUGCCACAUAUCAAGCAUCUGCUCCUCCAACAGAUGAUGUACUUAUGAAAAAAAAUGAUGUUGUAUCUGAGUUUAACAAACACCAGAGAACAAAUUUGAAAACAGCGGACCUUGUCAUUGAUGGGGCCUUGGUGGAAACAAAGUUAUUUAUAUAUGGAAAGAAUGGAGACAAAGUAGAUGAGAAACUUGAAGAGACUAUGAUUCUUGAGGUUCUUGCUGAUGGGGGAAAGGUGCACUUAAUUAGUUUGGAUGGAGACCUAGGGAUAAAGAUGAAGCUGCACUCUUUUAAAGUUAAAGAUGAGCUUCAGGACAGUCAAUCUACAAAUCCACAUUACUUAGCAUGUUCCGUACUGAGAAAGGAUGAUUUACUUACUCCUGAUGCCCCCUUUGAUACCCAUGAGGAGGAGAUUUCUGUUGCACAUACGGAGGAGGAUGAUAUUUUUACAGAUGCCUUGCAAGAAUUUCUAUCUGUAACAGAUACAGAUUUUCAUACAUCAAAAGCGGAUACAUCUCAGAGUAGCAUGAUUGACGGAAUGAAUCAUUCUGGUGAAUUUGAGUCAGCUGAAGCCUUAAUUCAUGAAAAUGAUUUAAUUCAAGGAAGGGGCAUUUCAAGUGAGAUAUUUUAUGAGGCACAAGGUGGUGAGAGUUUGGAUUUUGUGUCUGUUGCCUUCUCAAUGAGGAGUUCCAGUUCUCCUUAUUAUUGUGGUAUAGAUAUGCAGAUGAGUGUUCGCAUGUCCAAACUAGACUUGUUUUGCAACAGACCUGCUGUUGUUGCUUUAAUUGGUUUUGGUUUUGAUCUAAGUUCUGUUAAUUAUGUGGUGAAUGAUACGGACAAGAGUAAAAGCUCAGAUGAGAAAUCUUUGAUCAACAGUGUAAAGAAAGAAGAAAAUGGGCAUGUUAAGGGGUUGUUGGGUUAUGGUAAAGAUCAUGUGGUGUUUUAUUUAACUACGAAUUUCGAUAGCGUGUCCAUAUUUCUGAACAAGGAGGAUGGUUCUCAACUUGCUAUAUUUGUGCAAGAAAGUUUCCUAUUUGACCUUAAGGUCUACCCAAGUUCCAUCUCUAUUGAAGGAACAUUGGGAAAUUUCAGACUUUGUGAUAUGUCUCUCGGUACAGAUCACUGUUAUGGUUGGCUUUGUGAUAUACGCAAUCCUGGCGUUGAAUCCCUUAUCAAGUUCAAAUUUGAUUCUUACAAUGCCGGAGAUGACAAUUAUGAGGGAUAUGACUACAGCUUGUCUGGUCGGCUCUUAGGCGUUCGCAUUAUUUUCCUCUACAGAUUUGUCCAGGAGAUAUCUGCUUACUUUAUGGAACUUGCUACGCCACAUUCUGAAGAAGUUAUAAAACUUUUUGAUAAAGUUGGUGGCUUUGAGUGGUUGAUAAAUAAAUAUGAGAUGGAUGGAGCUACUGCAUUGAAGCUGGACCUCUCGCUUGACACUCCUAUAAUUAUUGUUCCUAGGAAUUCAUUGAGCAAAGAUUUUGUUCAACUUGAUUUGGGCCACCUAAAGGUGACAAAUGAAAUAAAUUGGCAUGGAAGCUCAGAGAAGGAUCCUUCAGCUGUCCAUAUUGAUGUUCUUCAUGCUGAGAUUAUGGGGAUCAACAUGUCUGUAGGACUCAAUGGUUCUUUAGGUAAACCAAUGAUACAGGAUGGGCAAGGACUUGAUAUUUUUGUUCGUCGGAGUUUGAGGGAUGUUUUUAGGAAAGUCCCAACAUUUUCUCUUGAAGUUAAGGUUGGUUCCUUGCAUGGUGUGAUGUCUGACAAAGAAUAUGAUGUUAUUUUAAAUUGUACAUAUAUGAAUUUAAAUGAGGCUCCAAAUCUUCCUCCAAGUUUCCGUGGCAGCAAAUCUGAUUCUAGUGACACUAUGCGCUUGUUGGUCGAUAAAGUCAAUUUGAAUAGUCAAAUGCUACUGUCCCAUAGUAUUACGAUAAUGGCAGUUGAAGUUGACUAUGCCCUUUUGGAGUUGUGCACUGGCAUUAUUGAGGAGUCACCUUUAGCUCAUGUUGUUCUAGAAGGACUUUGGGUGUCAUAUCGGAUGACUUCAUUAUCUGAAACAGAUCUCCAUGUUACAAUUCCUAAGUUUUCAAUCAUGGACAUUCGCCCUAGUACAAAACCUGAAAUGCGUCUGAUGCUUGGAUCAUCAACUGAUGCUUCCAAACAGCUCUUUGGUGGGAAAGUACCCCUUUUCUCAAAUAAAAGAAGUUUUAAGAGACCUAAUUCUAAAGUUGACUUGGACAUAGAAGUACCUGUUUCUACAAUGUUGUUGAUGGACUAUAGAUGGCGAUUAUCCUCUCUAUCAUAUGUGGUUCGGAUUCAGCAGCCUCGUGUCCUAGUUGUUCCGGAUUCCCUACUCGCUGUUGGUGAGUUUUUUGUGCCAUCUUUGGGAACAAUAACUGGAAGAGAUGAAGCAAUGGAUCCUAAGAAUGAUCCUAUUAGUAGAAGCAAUAGCAUAGUACUCUUUGAACCUGUUUACACGCAGAGUGAAGAUGUGGUACAUUUGUCUCCAAGUAGACAGUUAGUUGCUGAUGCAGUUGGUGUGGAUGAAUAUAUAUAUGAUGGUUGUGGAAAGAUUAUUUGUUUAAGUGCAGAAAAAAAUAUCAAGGAUUUCCAAUCAUCAAAAUAUCGACCAAUUAUAAUCAUUGGACGUGGCAAGAGAUUGCGGUUUGUUAAUGUCAAAAUUGAGAAUGGUUUCCUUUUGAGGAAUUAUACAUACUUGAGUAAUGAUAGCAGCUACUCAGUUGCUGUAGAAGACGGUGUUGACAUCUUGGUUCUGGGUAAUUUGUCAUCUGAUGAUGACAAGAAGAAUUUGGAUCACAUGCAUGAAUCUUCUGAUACCUCUAUUGUGUCUUCAUAUUCCCAAAGCGACUCAAAUGUGAUCCAAAGUUUGACUUUCGAAGCCCAGGUGGUUUCUCCAGAAUUAAUUUUCUAUGAUGGUACAAAGUCCUCUUUGGAUGAUUCCUCGUACAGUGAAAAGCUUCUAUGUGCUAAAAUGGACGUGAGCUUCAUGUAUGCAUCAAAAGAAAAUGAUACUUGGAUUCGUGCCCUUGUGAAGGAUUUGACCAUUGAGGCUGGUUCUGGUUUGAUUAUUCUCGACCCAGUGGAUAUUUCCACUGGAUACACUUCUGUUAAAAAGAAAACGAAAAUGUCUUUAAUAUCAACUGAUAUAUGUAUUCGUCUUUCUUUGAGUGCCCUUUCUCUUCUACUUAAUCUUCAUAGCCAGGUGACCACAGCUUUGCAAUUUGGAAAUGUUAUUCCCCUUGCUUCAUGUACCAACUUUGACCAGAUCUGGAUGUCUCCAAAAGAAAAUGGGUCUAGUAACAACCUCACAAUAUGGAGGCCUAAAGCUCCUUCAAAUUAUGUUAUACUUGGAGAUUGCGUGACGUCAAGGUCUAUUCCUCCUUCACAUGCAGUUAUGGCAGUCAGUAAUACAUAUGGACGUGUGCGUAAACCUAUUGGUUUUAAUUUCAUUGGUUUGCUCUCUGGUGUUCUAGGAAUCAAAGGUCAUUUUGAUGUUACUUGUGACUGUUCACUUUGGUUGCCUGUUGCACCAUCUGGAUACACUGCAAUGGGCUGUGUAGCAAAUAUUGGAGACCAACCACCCCUGAAUCACAUUGUGUAUUGUCUACGUUCUGACCUUAUCACAUCCACAGUAUUUUCAGAAUGCAUAUAUAGUACCCCAUCAAACCCUAGAUUCACAUAUGGAUUUAGCCUCUGGCGCGUAGACAAUGUUCUUGGAUCAUUUUAUGCACAUUCUUCAACUGAAUGCCCUUCCAAAGGCAAUAGUUGUGACCUGAAUCAUCUUCUCCUGUGGAACUCAAUUCAUUCGCCUUUGCCUACUGAAGCAUCUGCAUCAAGUCUAACCGAUGAUCAUGAAUGUGGGCAUCAGCAAACAAUUACUGAUGCUGCAAAUUCAUCUGGUUGGGAUGUUAUUCGGUCAAUUUCAAAAGCAACUAGUUACAUGUCAACCCCUCAUUUUGAAAGACUUUGGUGGGACAAAGGUAGUGAGAUACGCAGGCCAGUCUCAAUUUGGCGGCCUAUAACACGUACUGGCUGUGCUAUUCUGGGGGACUGCAUAACUGAAGGCUUAGAACCACCUAAUCUGGGUAUAAUUUUUAAGGCCGGCAAUCCUGAAAUCUCUGCAAAGCCUGUGCAAUUUACUAAAGUUGCCCAUAUUGUUGGGAGAGGAUUUGAUGAAGCUUUUUUCUGGUACCCAAUUGCGCCUCCUGGUUAUGCUUCUCUAGGAUGUGUGGUCUCCAGAACAGAUGAGACACCAAGCAUUGAUUUAUUUUGCUGCCCAAGGAUGGAUAUUGUUAACCAAGCUAAUAUACUAGAUGUGCCCAUUUCGAGAUCUUCAAGCUCUAAGGCAUCUCAGUGUUGGAGCAUUUGGAAAGUUGAAAAUCAGGCCUGUACUUUUCUUGCACGUUCUGAUAUGAAAAAACCAUCAAGCCGACUGGCUUACACUAUUUGUGAUUCUGUGAAGCCAAAAACACGGGAAAAUGUAACUGCUGAGGUGAAGCUGAGACGCUUCUCUCUAACUCUUCUGGAUGGCUUGUGUGGAAUGAUGGCACCUUUAUUUGACACAACAAUCACCGAUAUAAGACUUGCAACGCAUGGUCAGGCAGAGGCAAUGAAUGCCGCAUUGAUUUGCUCAAUUGCUACUUCAACCUUCAACACACAGUUAGAAUCGUGGGAGCCAUUGAUGGAGCCAUUUGAUGGAAUAUUCAAAUUUGAAACAUAUGACACCACUGUACAUCCACCUUCUAGUCUUGGGAAGAGAGUGCGUGUUGCUGCAACCACUAUUCUUAAUAUAAAUGUCAGUGCUGCAAAUAUAGACACUUUUUUGGAGACAAUUCUUUCAUGGAGAAGACAGCUAGAAUUUGAACAGAAAACCAUGAAAUUACAUGAGGAGACUGGUAGUCAUUUUAUACAUGGAGAGGAUGCCACUGUCUCAGCUUUGGAUGUCGAUGAUUUCAAGACUGUAAUAGUAGAAAAUAGACUUGGGUGUGAUAUUUAUAUCAAACAGGUUGAACAAGAUCCAGAUACAGUUGCCCAACUACAUCAUGGUGACUGUGCAUCUGUCUGUAUUCCACCUCCGAGGUUUUCAGACAGGUUAAACACUGUGGAUGAAUCUAGGGAGGCAUACUGUUAUAUUGGUCUACAGAUUAUUGAGGCCAAGGGUUUACCCAUAAUUGAUGAUGGUAAUAGUCAUAAAUUCUUCUGUGCUUUGCGCCUGGUUGUUGAUAAUCAGGUGUCAGAUCAGCAAAAGCUUUUCCCUCAGAGUGCAAGGACAAAAUGUGUGAAGCCUAUAGUUUCAGAAUUCAAUGGUCUAGUUGAAGGCACAGCUAAGUGGAAUGAACUUUUCAUAUUUGAAGUUCCUCAGAAGGGUCUGGCUAAGUUAGAAGUGGAGGUGACGAACCUUGCAGCAAAAGCUGGGAAAGGUGAAGUUGUUGGUGCUCUCUCCUUUCCUGUUGGACAUGGCGCUAAUUUGUUAAAAAAGGUAGGGUCAGCAAGGAUGCUGAAUCAAGGAUACGAUGUUCAGGAUAUUUUAUCUUACUCACUGAGGAGAAGGGUUCAGCCCAAUAAUGAUGAAGACAUGCAGGAAAAUGGACGUUUGUUUGUUUCCAAGAUGCAUUUUGAGAGGAAUACAAUAGCAAGCUUGCAUGGGGAUGUCAGUACUGAGAGUCAUAUGGAUGGAGAAGUAGGCUUUUGGGUUGGUCUCCACCCUGAUGAUGCUAUGAAGAGCAUUCGGUCAUUGCUUCCAUUGUCAGUAGUUCCUAAAUCAUUUGAUAAUGAGUUCUUUGCUAUUGAAGCUAUAAUGAAGAAUGGAAAGAAACAUGCAAUUUUCAGAGGGCUUGUCACUGUUGUAAAUGAUUCAGAAUUCAGAUUGGGGAUAUCUGUAUGUCAUAUUUCGUUUGUUAAUGAUAAGAAUGAAUCUGUGAGAACAAGCAGUGGUAACGUAAUUGUGGAAGAGAUCUUUGAAAAUCAGUAUUUGCAACCAAAUUCUGGCUGGGGUGAUAAGAGGCCUGGCUCUUAUAAUAAUGGUCCAGGACGUUGGUGCACCAACUUCUCAUAUUCAUCAGAUGAAUUUUUUGAACCUUCCCUUCCCCAUGGAUGGCGGUGGAUAUCGGCAUGGACUGUUGCUAAAUCCCAGUUUGUUGAUGAUGAUGGCUGGGCAUAUGGGCCUGACCACGAAAGUCUAAAGUGGCCUCCAACCUCUUCCAAGUCACGUAUGAAAUCAUCUCAUGAUGUUAUGCGGCGAAGGUGUUGGAUCCGUACCAGACAACUAGUCACUGAUCAAGGUGGAAGUAACAUGGAGGGUGAUCUUAUCAUCUUAACUCCCGGAUCUUCUGCUGCUUUACCAUGGAGAUUUACAUUUAAGGGUUCGGACCAGUGUUUACAAAUUCUUCCUAUUGUUGAUAAUGAGCCUUCAUAUUCAUGGGGUCGUGUUGUUGCUAUUGGUUCCAACUUUUCAUUUGGAAAGGACCAGGCUUUAGUGGAUCAAGUUUCACUCUACAGACAAAGUAAAUUGAAACAAGGAAACAAAUUCUCUAAUCUCACAUUCACGUUGAACCAACUUGAGAAGAAGGAUUUACUUUUUUGUUGUUCUCCUGGUACUGGAAGUAAACAUAUUUGGCUAAGUGUGAGUGCAGAUGCAUCUGUUCUUCACACUGAACUGAAUACUCCAGUAUAUGAUUGGAGAAUAUCUAUUAACUCUCCUUUGAAGCUGGAUAACCGGCUUCCAUGUCCAGCUGAAUUUACAGUCUGGGAAAAAACAAAAGAAGGGCAUAACAUUGAAAGACAGCAUGGAAUAAUCUCUUCGCGGAUGAAAGCACAUAUAUAUUCAGCAGAUGUCCAGAGACCUCUAUAUCUUACAUUGUUUGUUCAGGGUGGUUGGGUCCUUGAAAAGGACCCUGUUCUUGUUUUGGAUCUUUCUUCAAAUGUAAACAUAUCAUCAUUCUGGAUGUUCCAUCAGCAAAGUAAAAGGAGAUUGCGUGUGAAUAUUGAAAGUGACAUGGGGGGAUCCACUGUUGCACCCAAAACCAUAAGGUUCUUUGUUCCAUAUUGGAUUUCCAACAAUUCGUCUCUUCCUUUGGCAUACCGAGUUGUGGAAAUUGAAUCUUCUGACAAUGCAGAGGUGGAUUCUAAGUCACUAUCUAGAACUGUUAAGUCAGCAAAAACAACUUUGAAAAAUCCUACAUACUCAAUUGAUAGGAGACACUCUGGCUCUAGAAGAAACAUUCAAGUAGUUGAAGUAAUUGAGGACACUAGUCCAGUGCCUAGCAUGCUUUCUCCACAAGACUCUGCAGGUCGCAGUGGUGUUAUGCUGUUUCCUUCUCAGAAAGAUUCAUAUGUAUCCUCGAGGGUGGGCAUUGCUGUUGCUAUUCGCAGCUCUGAAAUUUACAGUCCUGGGAUUUCUCUUCUUGAGUUGGAAAAGAAGGAGCGAGUUGAUGUCACAGCAUUCAGUUCUGAUGGAUCUUAUUACAAACUUUCGGCUAGAUUGAAAAUGACCAAAGAUAGAACUAAGGUUGUUCAUUUUCAGCCACAGACCUUAUUUAUUAACAGGGUUGGUCUUAGUCUCUGCCUGCAACAGUGUGAUUCUCAGUUUGUGGAAUGGAUUCAUCCUACUGAUCCUCCAAAGCCCUUUAGAUGGCAUUGUUCUGCCAAAGUUGAGUUGUUGAAGUUGCGGGUCAACGGAUAUAAAUGGAGCACACCUUUCAGUGUUAGUAAUGAAGGUGCUAUGCGCAUUUCUUUAAAAUCAGAUACUGGAAGCAAUCAAUUGCAGCUUAGGGUUGCAGUUAGAGGUGGAACAAAGAGCUCUCGCUAUGAAGUUAUUUUUCGUUUGAAUUCCUUUUCAAGCCCUUACAGGAUUGAAAAUUGUUCCAUGUUUCUACCCAUUCAUAUUCGGCAAGCUGAUGGUACCAGUGAUUCAUGGCAGUUUCUUCUUCCUAACACUGCUGCUGCUUUUCUCUGGGAAGACCUUGGUAGACGACGUUUGCUGGAACUUCUGGUUGAUGGAGCUGACCCAUCAAAGUCAGAAAAGUAUGAUAUUGAUGAGAUUUGCGAUCACGAGCCCAUUAUGGGAACUGGUGGCCCUGAUGCAGCUCUACGUGUUACCAUUCUGAAAGAAGAGAGGACACAUAUUGUUAAGAUCACUGAUUGGAUGCCAGAAAAUGAAGCAGCAGCAAUCAUGAGAAAAAGAAUCCAAUCACCACUGCCUCAGAUUCCUGGAAAUGAAUCUCAAAAUCAAGAGUCACUAUCCUCCUCAGAUGGUGAAUUUCAUGUUGUUGUUGAGCUGGUUGAGCUUGGAAUAUCCAUUGUGGACCAUACUCCUGAAGAGAUAUUAUACCUGUCAGUACAGAAUGUUCUUCUAGCUUAUUCAACUGGCUUGGGGUCUGGAUUUAGCAGGUUCAAACUGAGAACGAAAACUAUACAACUGGAUAACCAAUUACCAUUGACUCUGAUGCCAGUUCUUUUGCGGCCACAAAGAGCUCUGGAUGAGACUGAUUACAUAUAUAAAUUUUCCUUUAGUCAGCAGACAAAUGGAUCUUUAGAUUUAUGUGUCUAUCCAUAUAUUGGUUUUUACGGACCUGAAAAUUGUGCCUUUCUGAUAAACAUUCAUGAACCUGUUAUUUGGAGACUUAUUCGGAUGAUCCAGCGGAUGAAUAUUCAUAGGUUAUAUGAUACUAAAAAAACUGCAGUUUCAGUUGAUCCAUUCAUUCAUAUCGGUGUUCUUAAUAUCUCGGAAAUUCGAUUCAAACUAUCAAUGACAAUGUCACCUACUCAACGACCAGGAGGAAAACUUGGAUUUUGGUUAUCUUUAAUGACUGCAUUGGGUAACGUUGAAAAUAUGCCUAUCAGAAUAAAUCCAAGAUUUCAUGAGAAUGUGUGCAUGAGGCGGAGUACUAUGACUAAUAUUGCCUUAGUAAAUUUAAAAAAAGAUCUUCUUGGCCAACCUCUGCAACUGCUCUCGAGUCUUGAUAUAUUGGGAAAUGCAAGCAAUGCACUUGGACAUAUGAGUAAAGGUGUGGCUGCCCUAUCAAUGGACAAGAAGUUCAUCCAGAACAGACAGAGACAGGAGAGCAAAGGUGUAGAGGACUUUGGUGAUGUUAUCAGAGAGGGAGGUGGUGCUUUAGCAAAGGGCAUAUUCAGAGGUGUUACUGGCAUAUUAACAAAGCCUCUUGAAGGAGCAAAAUCUUCUGGUGUUGAGGGUUUUGUUCAGGGUGUUGGUAAAGGAAUAAUAGGUGCAGCUGCCCAACCAGUUAGUGGGGUGCUUGAUCUUCUGUCAAAAACUACUGAAGGUGCAAAUGCUAUGAGAAUGAAGAUAGCAUCUGCUAUAGCUUCAGAUGAACAACUUUUACGUAGGAGACUGCCACGUGUAAUUGGUGGUGAUAAUUUGCUUCGUCCAUUUGAUGAGUACAAAGCACAAGGGCAGGUUAUGCUGCAGUUGGCAGAAUCAGGUUCAUUCUUUGGGCAAGUUGAUCUUUUUAAAGUACGUGGGAAGUUUGCCUUAUCAGAUGCUUAUGAAGAUCAUUUUUUACUGUGCAAAGGAAAGAUCCUUAUUAUCACACAUCGCAGAGUUAUACUGUUGCAGCAACCCUCCAACAUUAUUGCUCAUAGAAAAUUUAGCCCUGCAAGGGAUCCAUGUUCUAUUCUGUGGGCUGUACUGUGGGAUGACCUCAUAAGAAUGGAAUUGAGUUAUGGAAAAAAGGACAAUCCAACAGCUUUGCCUUCAAGGGUUGUACUUUAUCUACAGAUCAGACCAACAGAAACAAAGGAACAUGUUCGUGUUAUAAAAUGCAUCAGGGAGACUAACCAAUCAGUGAAAGUUUACUAUGCAAUUGAGCAAGCAAGGGACACCUAUGGGAAAAAUCUUUCGAAGGAGAUGCUGAAAAAGAAAGUGAUGAAACCAUAUUCACCACUUAGCCGAGGCAACAGUGCGGAAGUUAAUCUGAAAUCAGGGGCUUCCAUGUGGUCUUCUCAACAGGUGCUUCCAUCAGAACCUUUCAGUUCAUCGUCUUUCGGCAGUAGCAGUGGCUAACUCAUUGCCUGCCCAUAGAGAAACAUGGUUCAAGGCUUUCUGAUACCUUCAGGUCGUACAUACACCGUCCACCAGCAGCAGUGGUUGAUUUUCUGAAAAUUGAGAAGUCUUUGCUCAUCAUGCCCCGUGCAAUUUGAAAGUUGAAAACAGCAAGAAACUGUAUGUAGAAGUAGAGCCAUUUAUCUGAAGCCCGUGGAGAACAAGAAUGCUCAUCACCUGCAAGCUUUGAAUUUAAAUAGAAUGAAACUCAUAAAAUCAGUUACAGGUAUCGGCACCAACUGUACAACUUUUUUUUUUGAAGUCCAUAAUAAACAUGUAUAUCUUUUUCGAAUACGGGUUAGUUAAUUUAAAAUAUGAUAUGAUGUAUUUUUUCCUGGUUAGUAAAAAUAAAAUGCAAAAAAAUUGCA